AUGGCUUCGUGGCUUCACCCCGAAAAGAAAAGCAACCAAAAUCUUCUUCCACCUCUGCGACAGAAAUCAAGAAUACCAGUCAGAGUGACUCAUCUGAGCAGCGAAAGUGACAGAAGUUUGGAUGAAAAAGCGCUUCUGCAUAGAGAUUCAGACAGAAAACUUCAAAAUAAGCGGCCAUCGCGGAUUCCGAUAGUGGUGGAUGAGAAGAAGAACAAAGUUGAUACUAAAGAAAAUCUACCCGUGUAUGUUAAAAUACAAGGAGAAGAACCUCUUGGAAAACAUUCAGGUAUUAAGCUAAAAGAUACUCAAGGAAAAGAGGAAAAGAAGAAAGCAAGUACCAUUUCUUCGACCGCAGCUAAAUAUGGCAGUUAUAGGCGUGCUAAAGAAACGAUGCCAAACGUCAGGCGGCGAAUACCACGACAACUUACACCCUUAGAGACAGACUCGAAACAGGUCUGCAGCGAUGAGAAAGAACCACGAGAAGAAAGCUUGGCUAGUGAGGUAUCAUCCUCAGCCAGAACAGAAGAUGUCACGCCAGAUUUUGAAUGUAACGUUGCACCUGUGCUCGAGGAAGAGCUCCGUAUUGGGGCCGAAGCAGAUUUCAGUGGCAGUGAGUUUGGCGACGACUUUGAACGUCACUCAAAAUCUAGCGACGAAAAAGCAAUGCCCAACGUACCCCCAUGGCUAAGAGAGGAGUGCAAGAAGAGAGAAGAAAUCACCCUUAACAAAAACAUCGUGAAGGAUGACACCGCCGUGACAAACGCGGCACAAAAUAUCAGGCUUGAACCAGAGCUUGAUACAGAGGACAAAGUGGACAAAUGUGGUUUGAGCGAGGAAGAGUUGGACUGUAGUUCUUUCACCGAGUCCAGCGGAUACAAAAGGAAAAUGGCUGAGCUGGACGAAAAAUCCAGACGGCUCAAGGCACAGUUUGCAGAAGAAAACAGACAGGCUAUCGAAUCUAUGAACAAGAUCGUAGAGGAGAUCAAACAGAGCCAGGCAAGGGAAGAUAGCAUCACAAAUGAGAUACAGGAGAUGAGACGGAGACAGGAUGAAAUAAAAGACGAUCUUAAACGCCUUGAUGAGAUUGGCCAAAGACGAGAGCUCGAGGAUAAAAAAUGGAGAGAGAGGAUGGAAAAGAAAAAGAAAAAAGUCGCACGUAGACUGGAGAAGAUAAGAGCCGAACGACGUAAAUAUCAAGAAGAGACAGCUGAUGAAGACGGCUCAACAGAAGAGCACGAACAACCGGAUGAGAAUUUAAAUGAAAAUCGAGAAGGGGAGAAAUGCAAACAUGUCACCAUGGAGAACAAAACUGUUGUCAGCGAAGAAAUUGACGACAACAAAGUGCUAUAUGAGCCUCACGAGAUCAAAGAGUACAAAAGUGUGAAGGAGCUGGAAAAGAAGCGGAAAAAACUAAGACGGUUGGAGAGACUGGAAAAGAAGGCAAUUAAAAGAGAGAAGUUAGAACAAAGAGAACGAAAGAAGAUCGAAAAACAAAAGCGAAAAGUUUCUCGCAAACUUGAAAAACUCUCAGGUAAGACUUCAAAGAUUUCGGAAGGAACCUCAGAAGCUUCUAAAUGUAUAGAUCAGCCCAUGGAGGCUUCGAAUACUACGACGAAGGAGAACUUCGACGAAACACCGAGAGUGAGUAAAAGUAAACCAUGCACCGAUAAGACUUCAGAUGGGAAAGAGUCCAAGCAAGUCCAAGCAGCUCAUUUUCCUGGAUUGCCCACCAAUGGAGUGGAGGUUGAGAAAAUUGAAGAGAAAUUGGCUGAAGUUGAAAAUAAACAGCAUAUAGCUUUAGAUUCAGGCGCACCCGCUAAAGUAGGAUCGGAAAAAGAGUCUUACAGUGACGCCGCGAAAAAAAAGGAGAAGGUAUGUGACUAUCCUGACGAACAGAUAAAGAGAAUCGACGACAAUACUGAUGCCGAAGUAGUGUCUGCGGGGAGAGAAGACACACUAGACGAUAUAUCUAUCGAAGAACUUGGGUUGGAACAGGCGCUAAACUUCGAUCAAGAAAGAAAAGGUGAAAUUCAAAUGGAGCCCGAAAAUAGAGACUUCCUCUCGGACAACUCUGGACCAGUUUUAUCAAGGACUGGAUGUCAAGAACCCUUCAGACAGGAAAAAGAGCAACGCCCUCAGGGCGAACCUGUUGCAAUGAGUCACGUAAGCUAUUUCCCUUCGCCUGAUUGCAGCAAACACGAUGAAUAUCGUGCAGCAGACGAGCCUGUUUACGAAGAUGUCUCGGUUUCAAACUGCGAAAAAAACAACGGCUAUGGCGAUUAUAAGCGAGACCUUUUCAGCAGCUUUAGCCCAGUCACUGAUCAGACAUCUCCGCUGACACGAAAGACGUCAGGCAGAUUUACAUCGUUUGACCUGCAGCCGUUGUGUCGCUCACCUGAGAUGGGAGAGGAAAACCCAGUACUGGAAGACUCGCACUCGAAUGUCAACGAAUCAUUGGACAGCGAACACACUAGCCAAAAUUAUAGAAACGAGGAGGUCCCUCUACAACUAGAAAACAGAUCAACCGAAAACAAAGAAAAUAGUGGCGAGGAUCAGUCGCAGUUAAUGAGCAAAGGAAGCCAUAACUAUAGCGAUGAAACACCUGAGCAAGUGAAGUGUCCAGUCACCUACCAAACUGCUCCCCUGACAAGAAAGGUCUCAGAAAGGUUUACACCGUUUUGCCUACAGCUGUUGUGGCGCUCACCUGAGAUGGCAGAGAACAAUCUAACAUCGGAAAAUUCGGACUCUAUCGUCGACGAAUCAGUUGAGAGCGAACACAUUGACCAAAAUGACAGCAACGAGGAGGUGCCUCGACAGCUCGAGAAAAUAUCUCCCGAAAACAGAGAAAACGAUAUCCAGGAUCAAUCGCAGUUGAUGAGAGAAGAGAGUCAUAGUCAUAGUGAUGAUACAUUCGAUUUAGUCAAUCACAGAGUCACUAACCAAACUACACCCUUUACACCGUUUGCUCUACAGCCGUUUUGUUGUCUACCUGAAGAGGCAGAAGAUAAUCAAAUAUUGCAAGACACAGAUUCUACGGUCGACAAAUUAGUGGACAGCGAGCAUAGCAAUAAAAAGUAUAGUAACGAGGAGGUCCCUCAACAGCUCGAAAACAGAUUCGCUGAACACGAAGUCAAGUCAAAUAAAGAUGAUGCCAACCAUACGACCUGCAGCGACAUUCUCGAAGGUUUUCAGGGGACGCUUUCCGAAAGUAGAGUUCCAUGCCCAGAUGACAAAACUGAUAAAGAUACUGACUCUGAAAUAAGUUGCGGUGAAGAAACUCGCCGUUUAUUUAAGACGGACCCGUUCGCCAAUUUCGUCAAAGAAGCCGGCGAUGAAAGCCGUACCAAAAAGGCGCUAACUGAGCUAAUACAAGAAGAGCUGAUAUCUACAUUGGAGAGUCCAGCUAAAUGCUGUUUAGCAGUCGAAAAUGGAAACAACAAUAAGAGGCCUUUAAAAGGCGAGGGAAGCUCUAGCCACAAAGACGAUAUUUGCGAUCAAUUUAAGGACAGAGACCAAUUUACUGGUUCGUCUUUUCACUCAUCUGAACAAGGAGCAGGCAAUGAAAAGUUGGAAGUUACGGCCUCUACAACUAACCAAGUGGAGGGUAAUAAAGAAAGCGAACGUGAGCGACCUAACUUGGAGGACUCAUCUUAUAUGACUACAAACAACAUAAAGUCAUAUAAUGACGCUAACGAUACAUCCUGCUACGAUAUCCCUGAAGAAUUAGAAGAGAUACUUUUGGUGUCAGGGGUGUCCUCUCAUACGGAGGAAGAAAGCGUUUACGAGACGGACGUGCAAGUAAUUUGUAAAGAAGAAGAUAGUUGUACCUCUCUCUCUGACGCACUAUCUACCUCCUGCCGUGGUGAUAUCUCGAUGGGAGCCUAUGAGAUCGAAACGGAACGCAGAAAAGAAAACGUGUUAAGCGAUGGAAGUGGACAAAUGUACAACGUAGAUGAUAUAAUUGACGAUACAGAAACAGCUGUAAUCCCGGAGGAAUUUAGAUUUGAGAACCGUAACUCUUUCUCGGAAGAACAAAGUGAACAUGGGCGCUUAGAGAUAGAGAACACAUUAUUAGCUUGUAACUACGAGAAGGAGCCUCAGCAACUCGAAAAAGAAUUGGCUGAAAAGGAAGACAAGUCCUGUAAUGAUGUCGACGAUACAGUCUAUAGUGAUAGACCCAAAUGGAUAGAAAUGGGGCAUACACGAGCUUGCAGGGAAAUAAAAACUACUCCAGAUAACUCGUCUUUCGUCCAAAAUGAUGACAAAACUAUAGAGGGAUUAAAGAACAUCUUUCAAACUGGCGAGAAGCAAAAGAUGACUGAAAAUAAAGAAAAUUAUUGGAAAGAAGCCGAGGUCCUCGUUAAAUAUUCAGAUGCCUCGUUCGAUGACAAAAAAGGAAGUCUUUCUUCGAUUGACGACAAAGGCGACUCCGUCCUACAACAACACAAAACAAAAGUAUGCAAAAAACGAAAGAAGGUUUCCGAUGACAUGGCAAAAUUUUCCUUGGACAUAGAAAAUUCGAUUGAGGACGAGUUUAUUGAUGACUUCGACCGUUUCCUUGAUGAAGUUGAGGAAGAUAUAUUAACAGAGGAAAGCAUGUCUCAGAUUUCACACAGUGUUGAGAAAGAAGACGAUGAGAAAAAUGUUGAUGAAUGCGGUGCUUUGCCAAGUCACGAGCGAUCGGUAGCAGCAGUCGUAAACACUUAUGAAUACUUAUUCCAGUCGUUUAGUUGUUCACCUGAAGAGGCAGAAGAUAAUCAAAUAUUGCAAGACACAGAUUCUACGGUCGACAAAUUAGUGAACAGCGAGCAUAGCAAUAAAAAAUAUAGUAACGAGGAGGUGCCUCAACAGCUCGAAAACAGAUUCGCUGGAAACGAAGUCAGGUCAAAUAAUGAUGAUGCCAACCAUACGAAUUCCAGCGACAUUCUCGAAGGAUUUGAGGGGACGCUUUCAGAAAGAACUGAUCCUUGCUCAGAUGACAAAACUGAUAAAGAUACUGACUCUGAAAUAAGUUGUGGUGAAGAAACUCGCCGUUCAUUGAAAACAGACCUGUUCUCCGAUGUCAUCAAAGAAGCCGGUGAUGAAAGCCGUAACAAAAAGGCGCUAACGGAACUAAUACAAGAAGAGCUGAUAUCUUCAUCGGAGAGUCCAGCUAAAUGCUCUUUAGCAGUCGAAAAUGGAAACAACAAUGAGAGGCCUUUAAAAGGCGAGGGAAGCUCUAGCCACAAAGACGAUAUUUGCGAUCAAUUUAAGGACAGAGACCAACUUACUAGCUCGUCUUUUCACUCACCUGAACUAGGAGCAGGCAAUGAAAAGUUGGAAGUUACGGCCUCUACAACUGCCCAAUUGGAGGGUAAUAAAGAAAGCGUACGCAAGCGACCUAACUUGAAGGACUCAUCUUAUAUGACUACAAACAACAUAAAGUCAUAUAAUGACGCUAACGAUACAUCCUGCAACGAUAUCCCUGAAGAAUUAGAAGAGAUACUUUUGGUUUCAGGGGUGUCCUCUCAUACGGAAGAAGAAAGCGUUUACGAGACGGACGUGCAAGUAAUUUGUAAAGAAGAAGAUAGUUGCACCUCUAGCUCUGACGCACUAUCUACCUCCUGCCGUGGUGAUAUCUCGAUGGGAGCCUAUGAGACCAAAACGGAACGCAGAAAAGAAAACGUGGUUAGCGAUGAAAGUGGACAAAUGUACAACGUAGAUAAUAUCAUUGACGAUACGGAAACAGCUGUAAUCCCGGAGGAAUUUCGAUUUGAGGACCGUACACAUUCUUUCUCGGAAGAACAAAGUGAACAUGGGCGCUUAGAGAUAGAGAACACAUUAUUACCUUAUAACUACGAGAAGGAGCCUCAGCAACUCGAAAAAGAAUUGGCUGAAAAGGAAGACAAGUCCUGUAACAACGCCGACGAUGCAGUCCAUAGUGAUAGACCCAAAGCUACUCCAGAUAACUCGUCUUCCGUUCAGAAUGAUGACAAAGCUGGAGAGGGAUUGAAGAACAUCUUUCAAACUGGCGAGAAGCAAAAGAUGACUGAAAAUAAAGAAAAUUAUUGGAAAGAGGCCAAGGUCCUCGUUAAAUAUUCAGAUGCCUCGUUUGAUGACAAAAAAGGAAGUCUGUCUUCGAUUGAUGACAAAGGCGACUCCGUCUUACAACAACACAAAACAAAAGUAUGCAACUUUGAUUCGUUGAAUGACAAAAAACGAAAAAAGGUUUCCGAUGACAUGGCAAAGUUUUCUCCAGACAAAGAAAAUUCGAUUGAGGACGAGUUUAUUGAGGACUUCGACCGUUUUCUUGAUGAAGUUGAGGAAGAUAUAUUAACAGAGGAAAGCAUGUCUCAGAUUUCACACAGUGCUGAGAAUGAAUGCAGUGCCUUACCAAGUUACGAGCGAUCGGUAGCAGCAGUCGUAAAUAUUUCUGAGUAUUUAUUCCAACAAGAGUUUUCUAAGGCUUUGGAAACUACUAUACCUGACAGUAAGAAAGAGUAUACAUCGCAAUCGGAAAAGUCUUCAGAGGAAGAACUCGAACUGGAGAAAAGGAAAUAUUUGGCGAAAGAUGUCUACCGAUCAGAAGAUGUUGCUGAGUACAGAUACGUCAUUGGAAUAGCCCUUGACAAGUUGAAUCACAUAAACUCAGUGCUAACAGACGCGGGAGAACAGUUUCUUGACAGGAGAAUAGAACAUGGACGUUGCGCAGUACACGGGGAUAUCGACUCAGGUACAAGGCUACUUAACAGUAUUGAUGUACUCAAUGAUAACGUUAAAGGCGCGGUGAAAGAUUUCAAACUUGCAAUUCAAAUGACUGAGGUAGAACCAAAGUUCCACAAAGAAAACGACGUGGUGAAACUUGGACAAAUUAGAAAGGAAAAUACCGAGCUUGAAAUACAGAUAAGCGUCAUUAAGGAGGAACUUGAGACGUACCAAAAGAGGAUAGAAAAUUUGCAGGCUGACCUGGAUGAGAGCAAAGAUGAAGUAAGGCGACUGCAGUUAAAGGAAGAAUACAAAGAAAGGGAGGUGUCAAAUUUAAAACGUGAUAUUCAGAGCAAGGAGCGAAAAUGGGAAGAAGGAAAUGAAACCGUGGAAAAGGUUAUGGGGGAUAUAAAAGAAUUAUGGGAUGAUGUCGAUUUCUUGGAGGAAAGCUUAAAGAACAGUCAAAAAAGCAAUGAAGAUCUGAUGUUUCAGGUUGAUGAGCUGAAGAAAACGAUAAAGGAAAUGAAAAAGGAGUAUUGGAUGGAACAUAGUCGCGGUGGGUGCGGGCAUCUACGCGAAGAAGUAGAAUUAUUAAACGGAUCCCUAGAAUUGAAGGAACAGCGAUUAGUUCUGUUGGAAGGACAACAGGCUAGACAAUUUUCUCAGCACGCAGUAAAGGAUAAAGAAUUGAGAGAACUUAAAGACGAAAAUUUGAGAGUAGUCAGCAAAUUGGAAGAUCAGCUUGCAAAACUUAGCAGAGAAAAUUCAGCGCUCACUACGGAAUUGUUAAAAGUGUCAGGGAAGGACGAUGAAGUGGGUGAAGUGAAGGAUGAAACGUCGAGCAUUAUUGAACAUCUCAGGAAAGUAAAAGUUGAGUUAGGCCAAGAAAAUUAUAUGCUAACAUCAGAACUAUCACAGGCACUGGUGGAAAAUGAAUCUUUGAAGAAAGCAAACGGCCAAGUGUCGAACAUGAUGAGGCAAUUUGAAGAUGAGCUUGCUAGGCUCAAGAAAGAACACUCCAUGACAGAUCUGCGAGCUUCAUCAGACGAGAAUAACCGUUGGAAUGGGAUUAAAGAAGAGACGUUUGGUGUUGUGCGUCAACUUGAAAAUAAAAUUUCGAGACUUCUGAAAGAAAACUUAACCAUAGCCGUGAAAUUUUCGGAGGAAUCAGAACACAAGACACAGUUAAACGAGCUAAAAUAUGAAACAACAAAAACGAUUAGCGAUCUUAAUGAUGAAAUUGCGAAGUUGCAAAGGGAAAAGUCCAUAUUGUCCUCGGAACUAUCAGCAAAGGAAUCAGACAAAAAUAACCAGUUGUAUGAGUUAAGAUGUGAAAAAUGGAAGAUUGAAAGAAAACUUGAAGGUGAAAUCACAGACUUAAGUCGCCAAAACUCCACUUUGACUGCGAGACUAUCAAAGGCAUCCGAAACGAAUGACAAGCUCAAAGAACUGAGAGAACAACUGGAACUUAAGGUUCAGUUGAAAAAUCUAACUGAGGCGGCGGAGGCUUUCAUGAAGAGUAAAGAAAAGGAGGUGGAGGAAGCUUACUGCUGUAUCAAGAAGCAAGAUGAGACGAUAAAAAAUUUACUCGAAGAGAUAAGGCAGGAAAGAUGUGACAAGGACUGCUGCAUACUACAGUCUGAAAGAAUAGGAGAACUUGAGACUCAGUUGCAAAGAAUGGAAGAAAUGAAAAGAAGCACAGUUCACCGAAUUGAUGCCUUGGUGCUCGAAGUGAGGAAACAACGUUCAGAAAAAGAGCGUUUAAAAAGGGUUAUAGAAGCUAAAGAGUGUACUUGUUACGAAGAGAAAGACCUUAUGAAGAUAACUGAAAAUCGAGAGAAUCAGUUACGCAAGAAGGAUGACCUGACAAAUGUCACUCUCACUUUAAACAACAACAAGAGGUCACUACAGGAAGCUAAUAGCACUAUCGAUAUGCUACACAAACAGUUGGAGCGGGAAAAUUCGGAUAAAGAGAAUCUGAGAAGGGCCUUGAAGGCGUCAGAGUAUGAUACUAAUGAAAGAAACAGAUUGACUCAGAAAAUUGAAAAACUAGAGAACCAACUACAAGAGAUGGAUGAUCUACGGGAAAAUACUUUACGGUCUCUUCAGGGAAAAGAAUGGUCGUUUGAAGAGGCUCGUAAUAAGAUCAAAGAAUUAACACGAGAAAUAGCACGAGAAAAGUCGGACAAAGAGUAUUUCAAGAAGAAAGUCGAUGCUGGAGAGAAUACCUCUAAUCGCCUGAAGCUCGUUAAAAAAGAGACCAUCAGAAAAGCAGAACAGACGGGUUGCCUAAUGGCACAGGUGGGAAAAGGGCUGAGGAACUUGGUUCAAAGACAAAGAGAAGUGUACGCAUCGAGCCUGAUAAUGAAGAAGACGGAAGCCUAUACAGCUAGUGUUGUGGAAAAAUUGAGAAAAGAUUUGAAUGAGAGAGAAGAAUCCGUGGAAUACUUAAGGAGUUGUUCUCAAGACAGUGCUAACGAAUGCUCGUUCAUGCGACGGCUGCUUGAAGAUAUUCAAUGCGAAAAUGCUCACCUCAGACGGUGUCUGGGAGACAAGGAUGAGAAAGUAAGAAUGCUCGAAACAAUUGUCAAACAACUGGAGGAAGAUCUUCAAAAGACACAAAAGUAUUUAAAAGAAAAGGAAGUCGGGUUUGUUGACGCAAAUGAAACCCUACGAUUGAAAUGCUCGCUUCUCACAACUAUGGAGGCCAAAUUAUGUUUAAGGAAUAAAGAGAUUGACGAAUUAACACAAACAAACAAGGAGAAAAGCUUAGAGCUAACUCGCAUUGAGACCACCCUUAGAGAAGUGAAAAAAGAGUUAGAUAUUGCUGCAUCCAUCAUCGAGAAGCAAAAUGAACAAUGUACUAACCUUAAGAAUUGUGCAAUGAGAAAAACCCGAGAUGCGGAAGAGAUGCAUGACGAAUUGAAACGCUUGUCAACUCAGCUUGUAUGUAGCAAGGAGGAGAAGUCAAACCUUCACAGAGCAGUGUUAGCUGCCACAUCGCGCUUGGAAUACGAGAGUAAACAGUUUUGGGAUAUGAAGAUGGACCUUCGGGAGGCUGCAGCUCGGAUCUCUGUACUUGAAGAUGAAAAGGCAGAGCAAGAGGAAAACUUAGCAGCCUUUAAAGGAAAAGUAUCACGAGAACUUGACCUAUUAAAGGAGACACGGCAUGAAGGAAAUGAAGAGUCGAGUUCGCUUCAGUUGACGAUUGGUUCAGCAGAACGUGAGAUAGCCAAGCUGACAAAGGAGAAUCAAAAGCAGUUCAGGAUUGAGUUAUUGCACAAUGGGCUCGAAAACAAGUCUUCUGAGUCGUCAUGUGAGGAAAGCACCUUUCGCACCCUAGAAACCACGAGAGGAAAAGCUUUGGCAGCCAGUAGUCAGGGAGACACUCAGAGUAAAUGGGUGAAUAACUCCAGAUUUGAGAAACGUUUUGAAACAAGGGGAGAUAAUCGUUUCAACCGCACUGGUACUAUCACAGCUCGUGGAUCAUCUAAUACAGAGGGAAGGGAACAAUGCGGAAUGGGUGAAGAGCUGACAAGGCAACGGAUAUUACAGUUGCAGUUGACGAAGAUAUUGGAUACCCGUACAAGAGUUAAAUUCCUUAGCGAAAUGAAAAAAGCAGUAAGGAAUGCAUGCAAAGGAUAA